CAAAAUUUGAGAGCUACAGCCAUGGGCGUUGUUGUUGCUUCAGGAUUCACAAAACAGACGUUAAACUUGUUUCUUUUGUGUGUUUUUAUCAUUAUUUUCUGCAUAAAUAUUCCUGUUGCCGAGGGCAGAAUCCGCAGAUACAAAUGGGAAGUGAAGUAUGAAUUCAAAUCUCCUGAUUGCUUCAAGAAACUGGCGAUCACCAUUAAUGGAACAACUCCAGGGCCAACCAUAGUGGCUGAGCAAAAUGACACAAUCAUUGUCGAGCUGAAGAACAGUUUAUUGACCGAGAAUGUUGCCAUCCAUUGGCACGGAAUUCGUCAGAUUGGAACGCCCUGGUUUGAUGGCACAGAAGGAGUCACUCAAUGUCCAAUUGUUCCUGGACAAACCUUCACUUAUGAAUUUGUUGUUGAUAGGCCCGGAACAUAUUUGUACCAUGCACAUUAUGGGAUGCAAUUAGAAGCUGGUCUCUAUGGAUCCAUUCGUGUAAUUUCAAAAGAACCUGAGCCAUUUACCUACGACUACGAUAAAACCAUCAUCCUGAAUGACUGGUACCACAAAAGCACUUACGAACAAGCGACUGGCUUGUCCGCCAUUUCAUUCCAGUGGGUUGGGGAGCCUCAGUCGCUUCUGUUAAAUGGAAGAGGAAGAUACAACUGCUCUCUUUUGACCGGCCCGAGCACAGAUGUUGCCGGCAUUUGUAAUGCUACAAAUCCUGAAUGCUCUCCCUUUACAUUGAUUGUUGUCCCUGGAAAAACUUACCGGUUGAGGAUCUCUAGCUUGACUGCCCUUUCAGCCCUCAGCUUCCAGAUAGAGGGCCACAAUAUGACUGUUGUUGAAGCAGAUGGGCAUUAUGUGGAGCCAUUUGUGGUCCAAAACUUGUUCAUAUACUCAGGAGAGACAUAUUCAGUCCUGAUAAAAACUGACCAAGACCCCUCCAGAAAUUACUGGGCUACAACCAAUGUUGUGAGCAGAAAUGCCACAACUCCACCAGGCUUAGCAAUUAUCAAUUACCAUCCAAACCAUCCCAGAAGAUCUCCUCCGACAAUCCCGCCCCCAGGCCCCCUCUGGAGCGACAUUGCGCCACGGUAUAACCAAAGUCAAGCCAUCAAAGCCCGCCAAGGCUUCGUCAUUCCACCACCCCCAACCGCAGACAGAAUGAUCGUAUUUCUUAACACACAAAACACCGUCAACGGCCAAACUCGCUGGUCCGUCAACAAUGUAUCAUUCAACCUGCCUCACACACCUUACCUCAUUGCUCUCAAGGACAAUUUACACCAUGCAUUUGAUCAGACUCCGCCUCCGAACGGAUACGAUUUUAAAAACUAUAACAUCUACAACGGUUCCGAAAACAAAAAUGCAACCACUAGCAAUGGCAUUUACAGGCUACAAUUCAAUUCAACAGUGGAUAUUAUUCUUCAGAAUGCAAAAAAAAUGGCUGAGAAUGAUAGUGAGACACAUCCUUGGCAUUUACAUGGGCAUGAUUUUUGGGUACUUGGCCAUGGAGAAGGGAAGUUUGACAUUUACAAUGACCCGAAGAAGUACAAUUUGGUGAACCCAAUUAUGAAAAAUACAGUGCCGGUUCAUAAAUAUGGAUGGACUGCUUUGAGAUUCCGGGCGGAUAAUCCUGGAGCCUGGGCUUUUCAUUGCCAUAUUGAGUCCCAUUAUUACAUGGGGAUGGGCGUUGUGUUUGCCGAAGGAAUUGACAGUCUUGGAAAGUUGCCUUCUUCAAUUAUGGGCUGUGUGGGACAUUAAUCAGUAGAAUACAAAUUCUUUAUCUAUUUCUCUUUAUAGUUUGUGUAAAAUUUGUUUUAAAGGUAUUGAUACCUUUCCUUGAAAAGAAAUAAUAAAAGC